UCCUCUCCCCACUUCUAUAAAAGUAUCCCGUCGCCGUCCAUUCACGAGAAACCUACCUUGCUCCGAAGUCGCAUAAAUGUCGUCCGCGUUCCGGUCACCGGUCCCGACCCAAACCCGGUCCCAUCACCAUCGGUUCAGCGCCAGCCGGGUCCGGGAGAGCCUGACAACGCGGUUCGCCAUGUGCGUCUGCUCGGUUCUCCUCUCCCUCCUCCUCUUCGCCGGCGUCAUCGUCUUCAUCCUCUGGCUCAGCCUCCGCCCCCACCGCCCCCGCUUCUACCUCUCCUCCUUCUCCGUUCCCGCCGUCGCCCAGCCGCCGUCCGCCCUCCUCAACUCGCCCAUCUCCUUCAACGUCACGGACCGCAACCCGAACGGGAACAUCGGCAUCUACUACGACGUCGUUUACGCCUCGGUCUACCACAGGGACCAGCUGGUCGGGUCCGGUCCGGUCCUGAACCCGUUCUACCAGCCGCACAAGAACACCACGGUGGUUGUCGGGGAUCUCACCGGCACGGCGCCUGCGGCGGGGGACGCGCUGGCGGCGGAGCUGUCGGGUGACGCGGCGGCCGGCCGGGUCGAGUUCCGGCUCGAGUUGAAAUCGGUCAUUCGGUUCAGGGUGAAGACUUGGGACACGCACCACCAUACGUUGCACGUGCAGUGCGACGUCGUGGUGGGUUCCGAUGGCAACCUCCUGGCUGGGUACAGGGACAAGAGGUGCUCCAUCUACUUCGGAAGCUUGUAAUGCUGUAACUUGUUUGUGUGAUUAGCCCCCUUCUAACUUGGUCUCACAUCUCUCGUGUGAUUGUAA